AUGACUCCAUUAAGUCUGGAAAAAAGAUGCACGUUUUGUCGAAAAUUUGGUCAUACUGAAGAUAAGUAUCUAGAUCAGCCAAAUUCUAAUUCUAAGUUUCACAAAUACGUUACUGUAAAUAACAAACCCCCUUUAGCAUAUGUAGGCUUGGGCAGUUCUUGUGGUAUCAUAUGUUUAGAAGAAGCUCAGCGAUUAAAUUUAGAUAUCGAUAACAUAAAUGUAACUAGAUUAUAUGGAUACGGCAAUGGACGCAUCAAUACAAUUGGGACGAUCGUUAUUAGCAUGAAAAUAGAUGAAGUAGAAGCAACUAUUACUGCCCAUGUGGUUCCAAAUUCGGCACAAGAGAUUCCGAUUCUACUUGGAAGAAACUUUACCGAACAAAAAGAUAUUCUUAUGAUUAAAGAUGACGUUUCUUUGAAGAUAUUUAGAAAUUUGUCUCCUCAUUUGCCAGAGUUAGAGCCCGAUCUGACUGAUCGUAAAGUUGUACUCCGUAUAUCAUCGGCAGCCACCUUAAUGCCAAAUACUCUAUAG